GGUCACCAGCUUUAGCUUUCACAUUCACACGCACAGACAGACAGACAGACACAAACACACACACACACACACACUGCUCACAACCUGCUCACCAGUACCCGUUUUUCUUUCUCGUGUAAAACAUUGUAGCCGUGCGUCUGUUGGCUCAUGUAGAUGCUACUUGGGAUCCGGAGAGAACUGCCGUCAUGGACAACAAGACAGACGUGAAGGCCAUGAUGGCCCGUUUCAACGCUGGAACGUCGUCUCCCGCCAAUGCCGGACCAACGCCACCUGUGGGCCGCCCAAAGGUCCCUGUGCACCCCACCCUCUCCUCAGGCCCCCCCAUAAACGCCAAGAAGCCGGUGCUGGAGGGCAGCCUGUCAGGCAGCGCGGCCUCCUCCACCUCCGUGCCAAAACCCAACUUCCUGAAGAGCACUGUGUCCACCACCAGUGCUCCAGAGAUGCGCGAGUCGACGUCCACAUCGAUGCCUAAGCCCAAACCGCUGGUGAGCAGGUUCGAGGCAGCCCAGGCCCAAGAGGACACCAAACCCAGCUUCGCUAAACAGUUCCCGCCCAGGCCGAAGCCUGGGGAUUCGCCUCAGGAGAGCGAGAGCAGCAGGAGCCCCUUCCUGAGGCCAGCCGCACAGAAGCCAGCACUGGGUGGAGGGGCGACCACGUCGACGUCGAGCACGCCCAAACCUCCUCCGGCAGUGGCCAAACCGUCUUGGAUCAAAGACAACCAGAAAUCUGAGGAGAGCGCUUCUCCGACUGCUUCUACUGGGGGAACCCCACCAAGAUUACCCCAAGCUCAAAAGCCCAAGAGCAGCCUCACCCAGAUCCGGCAGCAGGGGGACCCCAGCUCGGGACUCCAGAAGCCCCUCGGCUUUCGCGCCGCACAGCACAUGUUCAACAGGGAGGACAACAGCAACAACAAGGCCGAGGGUGAAGGGGUACCUAGUCGCGACUCUCCGGUCGGCGGGUCCAGGCCAGCGCCUCCACACACCUUCCAGAAACAUCUCAACAAGAGGCCCAGUAAUGGGCCUGGGGGGCUGGGGGGGCUCAGUGAUGACCCCUCGGCCCCAAAGAGGAACCCUUUGCCCAACAGUCACGCCCUGGGGAGUCCUCCCGCCAAACCCAACAGACCCCCCAAUGUCAAUUUGGACAAGUUUGUCAAAGGCAUGGCAGAACCUACAGCUGAAGCCCCUGCAGCUCCGGCACUGGGGAAGAAAGGUGCGCCUCCUCCGCCACCUGCUGCUCACCCCAGCAUCCAGGCAGCAGCUGUCCCUGGGCCGACGCCCCCUGCCCUGCCCCCUUGCCUACCUCCACGACCCCCAGGGGCCAUAAUCUCUGGGCCAGAUGAGAACUAUGACGAACCUGGAUCAAUGAAUCCACCACCACUCCCUCCUGGAGGACACCCGGGUCAAAGACACGAGGACGACGGUGAGGAGGAGUAUGAGGAUUUGGACGAUAAAUGGGCGGCUCAAGCUGAAGCAAAGGAGCAGGAGAAGAAGCAGAAAGACAAGAAACAGAAAGAACGUCAACGAAAAGAAGCCGAUGCUAAGAAGAAAUUCAAGCUGACAGGGCCGGUGCAAAUCAUCCAUAAAGCCAAAGCGCGAGUGGACUGCAAAGGAGGCAAGAACGAGCUGAGCCUGAAGCAGGGAGAAGCCAUAGACAUCAUCCGCAUCGGAGACAACCCAGAGGCACGCUGGCUCGCCAGGGAUGAGGACGGAUCAUUUGGCUAUGUGAAAACCGACUCAGUGGACAUUGACUUCCAGAGUUUAAAACAAAUCCCUGGUCAGAUGCUGGAUGAUCAGGAGGUGUAUGAUGACAUUGCCCCACAAAAUGAUAUUGGUGGAAUGAAUGGUCAAGGAGUCAUCUUACCGCCUCCACCUGGGGAGGAUGGAGAGAUAUAUGAUGACCUGGAUGAACCCAGCUUCAUUAGCCUGGAUCCACAGACAGUCAAGUCCCCCAAACGCAGUUUCCUUCAGAAGUUCUUCAGAGCCCCUGGCAACAAUACUGAUGUGCCACCGCCUCCGCAGUUCACUCCAGAGGGUAAUUCCGGUUCUCCUAUAGAUGAGGAGAUCUAUGAUGAUGUAGACUCACAAGGAUUCCCUCCUCCACCUCCCAUCAGUAGUCUGCCAAAAUUCAGGCCAAAGGGUGAAGAGAAGGAUAUCAAAAAGCAGAAGAAAUGGGAAAAGGAGGAAAAGGAAUUCAGGAAGAAAUUCAAAUUUGAUGGUGAGAUACUGACGCUGUAUCAAGUGACCAUCCUGGCCUCACUGUCUGGUAAGAAGUGGGGAGGUAAGGACCUGCCGCUGAACCCCGGCGAGACCCUUGAUGUCAUAGUGAAGCCCGUGGACAGCAAGUUAGUCUGCAGGAACUCUGAGGGCAAAUUUGGAUACGUUUCCCUCAGCAAUAUUGUAGUAGACGAUGCUGAUAUUUAUGAUGACAUUGGAGACGACUGUAUCUAUGACAACGACUGAAGGAUGACGAUGUGCCAGUUUGUUGUGGGGUUCACCGCAUCCCUGAAAACAUCAGCAAUGUGUAUUUCCCCAAAUCUGACGUGGUUUAUUUAUGUGUUUAUUUAUUGUGUCAUGAAACAAAGAAUCGAUUACAUUUUGGGAUCAACACAAUACUGAAACCACGAAUAGAGGGUUCAUGACUACUAGUACUGUACCAUUAAAUGUUGUUUGUUUUCUCCUUUUUUCAUAUGUUGUGGUUUAGCUGAUGUUGGAGCCUGUAGCCUAAAUUAAAACUACUGUAUGCAAUAAAAUAGGCCCAUGUCAUGUGCCUGCAGCAUAGGCCUACAGAAAUGCAGGAGCAUCCACCAGUGAGCUAUGCCAGGCCAGGGGUUCCCAAACUUUACCCAGCCAAGGCUCUCCUAACACGGGCUGUGUCACACUAUUUUUUCUGUGCAUCCGGUUUCACAACUCGAGGGAGAUGGUGAAUUCCUAAAACCAUUCAAGUACUACAGAAAGCAUAAAACAUAUAUAAACAUUGUAAAGAAGAAAAUUAUAUUUUUGGUUUAUUUGCUAUAUUUUUCCUGCCAACCUGCUGCGCCCCCCCUGGCAUCCCUUUGCGGCAACCCAGCGGUCCCUGGCCCCCACAUUGAGAACCACUGGGCUAUGAUUAUGAUUUCUCAUUAAAUAAUUUGUAUAAGAAAAAGACAACUAUGUACAUAGGCAUGUGGGUUAUUACAGGCUCUUUGUUUUGGCCUAGGCUGUAGAUUUGGUGAAACAGCUGUGCGUGACUGCAUAUUACACCUUUUUGCAAAGCAGUAUUGUAUUAUUGGCUUCUGUUUGAGUGAGCUUUUACAAUGUUGUUGUCAAUAAUAAAUGAAAUAAAGUUAAUAAUUUGA